AUGGAUGCCACGGAUGUUCAACAGAGCAUGGGAUUUAUGGAGUCAAGGGGUGGUAUGCCUAAGUUUUUCCAUGCCCUUGGACCAGCACUCCUGAUUUCAAUGGGGUACAUUGAUCUUGGGAAGUGGGUAGCAGCCGUUGAAGCUGGUUCUCGUUUUGGAUUCGACCUGGUGUUGCUGGCUCUCCUUUUCAACUUCACUGCCAUUGUAUGUCAGUACCUUGCUGCAUGCAUUGGCACUGUCACAGGGAAGAAUCUUGCAGAGAUAUGCCACCAAGAGUACAACCAGCCAACAUGUAUUUUCCUAGGUGUUCAAGCUGGAUUGUCCUUGUUGACAUCAGAGCUGACUAUGAUUUUUGGCAUAGCACUUGGAUUCAACCUCCUGUUUGAAUAUGAUGAUCUCAUCACAGGGAUAUGCUUUGCAACAGUGGUGCCUAAUCUGCUACCAUAUGCUAUAUCCCACCUGGGAAAGAAGAUGGAAGGGACAGUAAAUGCCUGCAUAGCAGGAUUUGCACUUCUUAGUUAUGUGCUUGGCUUAUUGGUUAGCCAGCCACAAAUUCCUCUCACAAUGAAUGUAAUAUUCCCCAAGAUCAGUGGUGAGAGUGCUUACUCUCUGAUGGCGCUUCUUGGCGCAAACAUAAUGGCACACAACUUCUACAUUCAUUCAUCAGUUGUCCAGGGUCAGAAAAAGUCAUCUGCAGUUGGUUUUGGCGCCUUAUUUCACGACCAUCUUUUUUCAAUAUUGUUCAUUUUUACUGGAAUCUUUAUGGUGAACUAUGUUCUAAUGAACUCCGCAGCAGCGGAAUCUACUAAUACUCUUCUCAUUACCUUCCAAGAUGUUGUGGAGCUAAUGAAUCAGAUAUUUGUAAACCCUCUGGCACCAACUAUGUUUUUAGUGGUUCUUCUCUUCUCCAGCCAUAUCAUCUCGCUGACAUCUGCUAUCGGUAGCCAAGUGAUUUCACAGCAUUUAUUUGGUAUAAACCUUCCUCAUUCUGGACAUCAUCUCCUACUGAAGGCUUUUGCCAUAGUUCCUACUCUGUACUGGGCGAAAGUUGCAGGAGCUGAAGGGAUAUACCAAUUAUUAAUUAUAUGCCAGAUUAUCCAGGCCAUGCUCCUUCCAUCUUCAGUCAUCCCACUUUUUCGUGUUGCUUCGUCAAGAUCAAUAAUGGGAGCCCAUAGAGUGUCUUUGCAUCUGGAGAUACUGGUUUUUCUUGCAUUUCUCCUUAUGCUAUUUUCAAAUAUCAUAUUUGUGGCAGAAAUGCUAUUUGGCGACAGUGGCUGGAUGAACAAUCUGAAAGGAUAUACUGGAAGCCCUGUAGUGCUCCCAUAUACUGUUUUCGUUUUAGUUGCAUGUGUAUCUGUGGCUUUUUCACUGUACCUGGCUGUUACACCAUUGAGAUCUGGAAGUCAUGAAGCCGAAUCCCAUGAAUGGUCUGUGCAUUCUCAGAGAGAACUCUUGAAUACUCCUCAAGAAAGAGAAGAUGUUAAGGUGGACAAUGUUACAUAUGAGGAAGAUCAGAGAUCAGAUGUUGGCCCUUCUCCCAGGGAUGUGCCUGACAGCCAUCCGGAACUGGCCAUGGACUAUAUUGAUACUUCUGACACUGCUGUAGAAUCUGAUCAUGACUCUCAACAAUCUACUGCUUAUGCAUCCACUGCUUCUGAAACCUGCCCCUCCCCAUCAUUUACUCGUGAGGAGUCUAAAUCAGUUGUUGCAGUCAACUGGCCGGAGCCUUUGGAGAAGGUUCCUACUUCUACUGUGAUAGAGGAAAGCACAGUAGAAAGUGUGGUCUCUAGGAUCACGACUGAAAGAGAUGUUUUAGUAGAAACAGAUGUUUUCUCAGGCAAGGAUAAGGAAGAUAUGCAUGCUUUGGAGUCUGAGAAGUCAAUUGUUGAUAGCACCUCUUGUGUGUCUGAUGAUGGUCCACCAUCUCUUACCUUCAGCAGGGGAAAAGGCUCAGAUGCAGGAAAUGGCAAUGGUAGUCUGUCCAGGUUAUCCGGUUUGGGCCGUGCAGCAAGGAGGCAGCUGGCUGCUACUCUUGAUGAGUUCUGGGGGCAUCUGUUUGAUUACCAUGGUAAGCUCACUCAAGAAGCCAGCACAAAAAAGUUUGGUAUCUUGCUUGGGAUAGAACUUAGAACACCUAGCACAGCUGUAAGAACGGAUAAGCAAGCUGUUGAAAUACCUAAGAGCCCACUGGUGAGAGACUCGAUGCUGGGGGCAGCUUUUUUGUCAAGCUCAGUGGACCUGAUGUCUCCUAAGAAUGAGACAUCGAACUUGGAACUUGCAUAUGGGCUUCAGAGAGGACCGAGCAUGGGAUUGUCAAGCUGGUCUCAGGGUAUGCAGCUACCAAAUACACAGCUGCAGAGCUCAAGCAAUAGCCUACUUGAGCAAAGUGCAAGAUUAAACUCAAAUUUUAGUGCACCAUCUUAUUCAGACAAUAAUCAGUUCUACCAACCUGCAACAAUUCAUGGGUACCAGCUCACAUCUUACUUGAAACAGAUGAAUGCCAGCCGAAACCCUUACUCUAGCAUGCCACUGGACCCACAGCGGCUUCCAAAAUCAUCUGUGUCUGCUGUGCCAACCUAUGUUGAUUCCAUGAUGAAUGCUCAUAAUCAUAAUCUGCUUGCUUCACUGGGUGCUACUCCUUCACAGAUUCCUGCAACAUCCCGUGUAGGCUCAAUGAUGCCUGAAAGAUCGUAUUAUGAUCCUUCCACUGUUGAUGGGAAUGAAAAUGCUGGUUCGCCUGCUUACUCAAAAAAGUACCACAGCUCACCUGAUAUGUCUGGAAUAAUCGCUGCAACUAGAGCUGCAUUGUUGAAUGAAGCAAAGUUGGGUGGUGCCAUUGGACCCCAGUCAUACCUUAGCAGGCUGGCGUCAGAAAGAUCUCAAUAUGCAAACUCAACAGCCAGGCCUGCGGCUCCAUUAGCAUUUGAUGCGCUUUCACCUCCUAAGCUCCAGAGUGAUAUCUUCUCGGCGCAGUCGAGCAUGAGCCCAAGUGCUAGAUCCCUUUGGGCUAAGCAACCAUUUGAGCAAUUGUUUGGCAUGUCAAGUGCAGAGCUCAGUAAAGGUGACUUCAAUCUUUCAGGCAGAUCAGGUGGCAUGGCUAAGGAUGAUUUCUCUUAUAAGGAAUCUGAGACGAAGCUUCUUCAGUCCCUCAGAUUCUGCAUUAUGAAGCUCCUUAAGCUAGAGGGAUCAGGGUGGCUGUUCAAGCAAAAUGGUGGUUGCGAUGAAGAUCUUAUUGACCGAGUUGCUGCAUCUGAGAAGCUAUUGAUGCAAGGGACUACUGAGAAUCAACUGCUUCAUGGUGAUCUUCAGCAACAUACUUCUGAUCAGGUGGGCAUCCAAUACAUGCGCACACUUCCCAACUGUGGGGAGGACUGUGUUUGGCGCGCAUCACUCGUUGUUAGUUUUGGUGUCUGGUGCAUCCACCGAGUGCUGGACAUGUCUCUAGUGGAAAGCAGACCAGAACUUUGGGGCAAGUAUACCUAUGUCCUUAACCGUCUUCAGGGAAUCUUGGACCCUGCAUUCUCGAAGCCUCGGAGUGCUCUGACCAUAUGUGCUUGUCUUCAGAAAGACAUCAGAGUGCUCGAUAGUCCACCCCACAGUGGGCUAACAGCCAUGGGUCCCAUCCCCAUACCAAUCCGGGGCACCUUCACAACUGCAGGUGUGGUUCUGGAGAUGAUCAAGGAUGUGGAGACUGCAGUCUCGGGCCGCAAGGGCAGGAGUGGCACAGCAGCAGGUGAUGUCGCCUUCCCCAAGGGGAAGGAGAACCUGGCCUCUGUGCUGAAGCGGUACAAGCGGAGGCUCGCCAGCAAGGGACCGUAG